AGGUAAUAUUAUUAAAAUUAUAAAUUAAGAUAAGGCCAUGUGAGGGGUCCUCUAAUAGAUUUAGCUCCAAACCAUUCUUUCAUCUGAUUUGCAGAACCCAACUCAAGAAAGGACCAACCACACCUUCUAAGAGUUGUGUUUCUCUCUCUCUCUCUGUGUGUGUGUGUGGAGAGAGAAACUCUUAUACUCUCUCUCCAUGUGUGCGUAUGUGUGAAAGGGUACACACAUACAUGCAAAACAGUGACUUUGUUGAGAUAUAGAAACAAAGAAAGAGUUUAAGAUUGUUGUUCAAUUUUGCAUAAAUUCAACAUCAAGUACUUUUCAUGUUUUUUGUUUUCAGUUUCGCUUCUCAAAUCUUACCGUAGCUCUUGUUUCUGAGCUGAGAUUUUUCAUCUCUGUGCUGUUGAUUGAGGAUUGAAUACUUGUUGUUGUUGUUGCAAAGACUAUGUUGGACGGUCGAUCCUGCGUGGUUCCCGGGUUGUUUUCGAGUUCUUGCCAGGCAGACAACAAUUGGUCUUUCAUGAAAUUCAUGCCGGAUUUGGACAUGACAAAUGGCAAGCGACAUAUAGAUAUUGAUGAUGAAGACGAACGGAUGCCGAGGAAGGUUAACAGGAGAUUGGAUUCUUGUUAUCAAGGUGAGAUGGAUUCUGUUGUUCCGCAAAUCGAUCUGGAUGAUGAUCAGAGGAAGGAUUUUGAGCCGUUGAACAAUUGCCGAAUAGUUGAAAAGGCUGUUGCUUUUUCUGUUCAGUUUUCUGCUGAACAAUCGCAGCUUUCAUUGUUGCAGCUUUCAUUGUCGAUUUUCGGCGAUGAACAACAGAAGGAGCGGCAACUUGAUGAUGGGAAUUUGAUGAAUUCCAACGACGAGCCGUCGGAUGAGCAGAAGGAGCGUUAUGCAGGGGAUUCAUCAGAUUCCAGUUCACUUUUGCCGCGCAUGAAUCGGGACAGUUCAAUUACCUGUCUAAGCCGCUGUUCUAGGUCUGAUUAUGGUUCUCUUGCCUCGCUGAAUAGGAGCUUCCGUAACAUAAUUCGGAGUGGUGAGCUCUAUGCAUGGAGGAGACUGAAUGGUAUCAUAGAGCACUGGAUUUAUUUUUCAUGUGCCCUCCUCGAAUGGGAGGCCUAUGAUCCGAUUCGCAACCGGUGGAUGCAUUUACCUAGAAUGGCUUCUAAUGAAUGCUUCAUGUGUUCCGAUAAGGAGUCCUUAGCAGUAGGUACCGAACUUCUUGUGUUUGGGAGGGAGUUGCAAUCGCAUGUCAUAUACAGAUACAGUCUUUUGACAAACUCAUGGGAAUCCGGAAUGAGGAUGAAUUUUCCAAGAUGCUUGUUUGGAUCUGCUAGCCUCGGAGAGAUUGCAAUUCUAGCUGGCGGUUGUGAUUCAGAAGGACAUAUCCUCGACUCGGCUGAGCUCUAUAAUUCCGAGAAUCAAACAUGGGAAACACUCCCAAGUAUGAACAAGCCGAGGAAGAUGUGCUCAGGGGUGUUCAUGGAUGGAAAAUUUUAUGUUAUUGGGGGAAUCGGUGGGCGCGAAUCCAAGCUUCUUACAUGCGGUGAGGAGUACAAUAUACAAACUAGAACAUGGAAAGAAAUCCCUAACAUGUCCCCUGGACGUAGUGCCAGGGGAUCAGAGAUGCCUGCUACGGCCGAGGCACCGCCUCUAGUUGCCGUUGUAAAUAAUGAAUUAUAUGCCGCUGAUUAUGCUGACAUGGAGGUUAAAAAGUAUAAUAAGGAUAGCAAAUUAUGGAUCACAAUGGGUAGAUUACCGGAGCGAGCGGCGUCAAUGAACGGAUGGGGUCUUGCAUUUAGGGCAUGUGGAAAUAGGCUUAUUGUUAUUGGUGGACCAAGGAGUCAUGGUGAGGGUUUUAUUGAACUCAAUUCAUGGGUGCCUAGUGAAGGACCUCCACAAUGGAAUCUACUUGCAAGAAAACAAUCUGGUAACUUUGUUUAUAAUUGUGCUGUGAUGGGAUGCUGAUGAAUUUGCACAUUUUGAUGCUUCUCAAAUUGAUUGACACAAAGAUUCUUGCUAAUUGGUACUUUCCUCCUUAUUUUUUUUACUAUGAUGAUAUUUUCCUUUCAAAAAAUGUGGGGAAGAAAUUCAGAUUAUACUCACAAAGAUUGGCUCAAAGUUUUCAGGGGAAGAAGCUAUUUGGUCUUUUUUUUUUUUUUUUUUUAUGUUUACAAUUUUCAGUUACUAUUUUGUUCUUCCAUUGAAAUUGGUAUCUUCCCCAAUUUCCAUUUACAUGAAAAUUUUCAAACCUUGAUAUCAUGUAGCACAGGAAUAGGUUAAAUAAUUCAAGUUCCAACACAAAUUGUAGGUUAUUGGUGUUGUUUGUUGUAAGUUUUUAUUUUUUUGUAUGAACAAAAUUAGAUAUUUGAUUUUCAUGAUCAUAAAUUUUCUUACCUUGAAGGAUGGAAUAAUUUCCUUUCCGAGUUAA